CUCUAGACCUUUCUUAACUCUUCGCAAACUUCUUCUAUUUAUAUUUUCUGCACAACUCUUAUAAUCAAUCAUCACUAAACUAACUCAAUCUGAACAAAAAUCCUUUCUAGAUUCUCGGCGAGCACAAACUAAGAAUCCGAGUUUUCGCGGGUUGCAUUGGCGUGUGAGAAUUGAAGAUGAGCAGGAUCGGUGAUUCGUUAAACGUGGAUUUGGCGGCUGCAGUGAACAACCUCUUCAAUAUUCCUGAAACCAUGGAAAAGUUGAUGUUUAUCCCUUCUUCUGGUGGGCAUGAGCAGCAUGAGAGCAGAGGGGUUUCUAGCAUGAUUCCAGUGGACAUUUUGGAGACUCCGAAGGAAUUUAUAUUCUUCAUGGAUGUUCCUGGUCUCUCCAAGUCUGAAAUUCAGGUGACAGUUGAAGAUGGGAACACAGUUGUGAUACGAAGCAAUGGGAAGAGGAAACGGCACGAUGGAGAUGAUGAAGGGUGCAAGUAUCUCAGGCUGGAGAGGAGAGGGUCUCAGAAUUUGCUGAGGAAGUUCCGUUUGCCUCAGAAUGCCGAUGUGUCGGCAAUAACAGCGAAAUGCGAAAAUGGGGUUCUCACUGUAGUUGUUGGGAAGCACCCUCCUCCAAAAUCCAAAUCUGUUCAAGUUGCUAUUGCUUGAGUUCAGGGAUUCUCAGUUUUCAUUUGUUAUUUUGCUUCUUAUCACCCAAAAUUAGGUGCGGUGUAAAUCGUCUUAGCAGUGUUUAUGUGUUCUUGCAUAGUGUAAUGAAAUUUGAUCAAUGGUGAAUCCUCUUCAAACACUUCAAAAGUACCACUUCAGGAAUGAAGAUAGAGAAUGUGGAAUUUUACAACUUUUUUCUCACUUUA